GGUAGGAAACGCGGUGUGUUUACUUCCGGCCAUCCGCAGAAAGAGGGAGAGGGAGUGAGUGCCGCUCUCUGCCUCGCUCAUUCCGGCUGGUUGGCUGAGGGGAGCCGGCGGGCGCUGCCUUGAGGGCGGGAACCUCUUCGGAGAAGGAGGAGGAGGAAGGAGAGGAAGAAGGAGGAGAAGGAGCAGCCGAGCCGCUGCUGAACCGAAAGCGAAGGUUGCCGAAGAGGAGGAGGAGGAGGAGGAAGAGGAGAGGAGAGGAGGAGAAGCGCGAAGGAGAAGGUCCGGACUGGGAGAGGCACCCAUGGUCCGCCUCAGAGGCCGGGGCCGGCGGGGAGAGAGGCGCUGAGGCCGGCGGGAGGGCGGGCGGGCAGCAGGCGGCGGCGGGCACCCUCCAGCCAGAGCCGCCUGCUCGCUCGCUUCCCCGGCCCACCGUCGCCAUGGACUGGCUCAUGGGGAAAUCCAAGGGAAAACCAAAUGGUAAAAAGCCAGCACCAGAAGAAAAGAAACUCUACCUAGAGCCAGAAUAUACAAAGUCCAGGAUUACUGACUUUGAAUUCAAAGAAUUAGUCAUGUUACCACGCGAAAUAGAUCUUAAUGAGUGGCUAGCUAGCAACACAACAACCUUUUUUCAUCAUAUCAAUUUACAAUAUAGUACAAUCUCUGAAUUCUGUACAGGAGAGUCGUGUCAGACCAUGGCAGUGUGCAAUACACAAUACUACUGGUAUGAUGAACGGGGAAAGAAGAUCAAGUGUACUGCCCCUCAGUAUGUUGAUUUCGUCAUGAGUUCAGUACAGAAGCUUGUGACAGAUGAGGAUGUCUUUCCUACAAAAUACGGCAAGGAAUUCCCCAACUCCUUUGAGUCUCUAGUGAAGAAGAUUUGCAAGUACCUGUUCCAUGUGCUGGCCCACAUCUAUUCUUCCCACUUCAAGGAAACAUUGGCACUGGAGUUGCAUGGACAUUUGAACACACUCUACAUACACUUCAUCUUAUUCAUCAGGGAGUUCAACCUGGUGGACCCUAAAGAAACCACCAUCAUGGACGACCUCACAGAGGUCCUCUGUACCACCAGUGGCAGCGUCAGCAGUAAUGGAAGCGGCAAUGGUGGUGGCGGCAGCGGCAAUGGCAGCAGCAGCAGUGGGAGCAGUAGUAGCGCCGGAGCACAGAACCAUGUGAAAGAGAGAUGAGUCUUCCCAACAGGCGCAAAACUAAAUGCUAACACUUUUUUUAAAAAAAAUACUCUAUAUUCUCUGUGUGUAUGUGUAUGUAUAUGUGCAUAUGUGUAUAUAUACAAACAUACACAGCCAUGACAGUUUAAGCAAUUCUACUGCCACCACAGGACAUGUAGACAUACGGGACUGUAUGGAGCUUUGGUUAAAUGCAUCAUCCUUGGCAAGAAGUUGCAUCAGUUUUGUUUUAUUCCCUCCCCUGCUGCCUUUAUUCUCCUCCGCAUCAGAUGGAUGAUGAGUGCUGUUUUUAGAGAAGAACCACAUUUUUUUGAGUUGGGCUACUGCUUUUGAGGUUUUUGUUUUGUUUUGUUCUGCCCCUCCCCACCCCCUUGGGGGUGGGGGGAAGCCCUUGAAUGCAAGCCCCUUUCUGUCUCUCUUCGUCUCUCUAGGAUGGUGGCACUGCCAUUUUAAAAUGUUAUAAGAAAUGACUUGUAAAGAGGCUGUUUUGGGAGGGGUGGCAUUGAAAUUUAUUUGUUUUUACCUAAAUUGACACUCUCCUUCCCCUUCUCUCAGACCCUUUUGCAUCUAGCCCUUUGGGUGGCUUCUAAUGGGGAAAAGAGCUUCUGGCUCAACUAGAGUAGCAGCAUGGCUUCCGGCACACUUAAUGGAUGUGGCUCUCCAAAGUACCAGGCCUCCGCUUGUGAAUCAGAAAGAGUGUCCACUUACUGCUCCUAGUUUUCUGCCCAGCCCUUGGCUCCUUCUUUCCCAGACACAAAUACCAGGAUUGACAUAGUGAAGGGAUUAUAGUUCAGACACAGUGAUAAAAGCCACAAUCAUUUCUUUUGCAUUGAACAGGAGUGCAGGGGCAAGAUGGAAAGGGGCACACAGUCUAUCACUACCAGCGCUAGAGAGAGGGCUGUUGGCAUAUAAUUAUAUUGUUGGCUUAUUUUAGUUCAUCUGUCCAAUAAUAAUAAAAAAAAUCUAUCAGGCAAA